UGUGUUCAUAUGGGCAGUGUAAAGUAUAUCUCUUCUCUUCUGCUGUCCAAUCCAUUCCUUCCUCUUUAUAUCCUCCAAAUAAUUAGCCCGCUUUUUGGCCCAGGAAAAGGUACAAGCUUCCAAGGUUCCAGUUGUCUCUUUCAUCGGGCGAUUACAUAAGUGCACAAUAGACGAAGCUACGUAUUGUUCCAGAAGCAUUUUUAAGCCGCCGCCGCCCCGCCACGAGUUUCCCUGGACGGAAACUAACAACGCAGCGCCCAACUCAUCACGGCAAUCCAUCAUCCAUCAACCUGGCGAGAAUCUUACAGAUCAAAUACUGAAGCAACUCCAACUUGCCACUUGCACGCUGGAGAGGGAUUUACCAGUACCCUAGCAUCCCGUCAGCAGCAAGUUCGACCUUCCCGAGGCAAGCAAAUGCCCAGGAUUCGGCGUCCGUGUAAGAGCAACCUUCAGUAGCUUUGGUGAAGCGUGUCCAAUUGAAAACCAUCUGAACUCUCUCAGCCAGCAAAUUUUCAGCACACCUUUUUUCCAAUAUAGAAGAAAAGAGAACCUCAAGAAUGCCGUCCACGCGCAGGAUCAAAGUCUUCGGCCUCCUGGUCUUCAUCUCCGUCAUCGCCGUCUUAUUCUACAAGGAUUCGCUGCGACAAGAGCGACCCCGGGAUUUACGAACCGCUGGCGAUUUCUACUCCAAGACGGUUAAUGCGCUACAGAAGGAUCUGAAGAAGGGGGCUGCGGAGGAUGAUACAGAGGUCAAGGCGAGAUUACAAAGAUUACAAGACGCAGCGAAGCAGGCGAAAGAAAGGGCCAAUUCGAAAUCCCCCAAACCAGAUUCGCCUUCCGCGAUUGAGGGCGUAGGAAGUGCGGCAGAUGGGACGAGGGAACGGGGUUUUGCUGGUCGCAAGAAGAUGACUGCUAGAGAAGCGCAGGCGCCAUUGAAGGAGGAGACGAAGGAGGAACAUGAGGUGGAGGUGGAACUUAAUAGCAUACUUAAAAAAUCCCCUAGUGAGUUUCCAUGCGCUGAGGUUAGAGCUAAAGAUGGAUUUUGGACCGGAUCGCUAAUUCGUGUCCGUCUCACAGUUAUCAUCUUCUCGAAAUCCUACUGUCCACAUUCGAAACAAGCGAAGGAUAUUCUGUUGGAGAAAUACCUGUUUGAUCCCGCGCCCUUCGUCGUCGAGUUGGAUAAACACGAGUUAGGCGCACAGCUACAAGCUAAGCUCGCCGAGCUCACGAAGCGAAAGACCGUUCCCAACGUUCUGGUUAAUGGCAUCAGCAUAGGCGGUGGCGACGACAUGGUCGAGAUGGACGAAAAAGGAACCCUGAUCGAGCAGAUCAAGAAGUUUGGACAGAAAAAGAUCCUUGAGGCGCAGAAGCGAACAGAGGAGAAGAAGGAGGACGAGAAGAGAAAGAGUGUCAAGAAAGAGAAAUCCGGGUCGCAAGCACCGAUUCAUGGAUUGAGAUGAGGUUUCUGUGUUGCGAAACUCUGAUGUCUGUAGGAUUUGGUGGGUAAUGCGGUUGGGAUAUCGAUGUCGUUAUGGAUAUGGAUAGGCUUGUAGGUUUAUAGGGCGAGGCAUAUUUGGCGUUAGGGAAUCGGGAUUUGCGAAGUGGGAAUACACUGCACUGCGAAUGGCGUCUUUGUUGAGGGACUAAGACUUGGAUUAUUUCUCUUUUUGUGUGGGUAGGAUUAUGAAGCGCGGUAAUAUACUUUAUGGACCUGAAAGAAUGAAGAUCCUUACUCUUUUCGUUGGUUGAUGGGGUUUCG